AGCUGUGUCGAGCUAAGGCUAGUUAGCAUCGUUUGUUUUUGUCGUGUGUGUCAGCGAUUCCAGCCGUUCCUUGUGCAAACCCGCUAUAAACUCGUACAUACCGGAGUGACCGACUUGUUGUCUGUCAUCUCUUUUAUUAACGAUGAAGUUUCAAUACAAAGAGGAGCACCCUUUUGAGAAAAGGCGAUCCGAGGGCGAGAAAAUAAGGAAGAAGUAUCCGGACAGGGUUCCAGUAAUUGUGGAGAAAGCCCCCAAAGCCAGAAUAGGAGAUCUGGACAAGAAGAAAUACCUUGUCCCUUCUGACCUGACAGUGGGCCAGUUUUACUUCCUCAUCCGGAAAAGAAUCCACUUGCGAGCUGAGGAUGCUCUCUUCUUCUUUGUAAACAACGUCAUUCCACCCACUUCAGCCACCAUGGGUCUGUUGUACCAGGAGCACCACGAAGAGGACUUUUUCCUCUACAUUGCCUACAGUGACGAGAGCGUGUAUGGGAACAGCCAAAGGGAAAUCUGAUCCCGCUACCACCCCACUACCCCCACCCCCCUACCCCUCCUCCAACCACUACCCACCUCUCCGAGACCUCCACCGCUCAUUCAUUUAAAUAUUAAAUCCAGCUCAGCAGCCUAGAGUUCCCAGAGUAAAUAUGUCAAAUGCACUUUCACCGCCCAUACAUUCAUUACCCUCCUCCAAUCCAUUUUCCAUUUCUGUCUUUAUUCUGAAGUCUGAAUUAUAUUUGCCUCCACGUCUUCUUCAUUUCUUUUUCUUUCCAAUAACUGCUUUGGUUGAGCGGUCUCGUGGCCAGUUAUUUUUCUAGCGUGGUAAAAAAACCAAC